AUGGAGGGCCGUUCCAACCAGCACGGGCCCUCCAGACUCUCUAAUGCCCAGAACGGCAAGAAGCAAGUGAAGGGACCGGCGGCAAAGAAGGCUCCCCCACCAGAGGAGGAGGAUCCCAGGGUGAAGUGCAAGGACUGCGGAGCCUUUGGGCACAACAGAAGAAGCAUCAGGUGCCCCAUGAAGCGUUGGCAAGGGGCCAUAGCCCCCCUGCCCUUGGGCUCCAGUAUUUGCAAGGAGAAUGUGAAACCGGGGAAUCUGCAGGUGCAGCCAAACCCACGGCUCUUGCAGAAGCCAGAGAGAGAGAAGCAGCAAAGACAAAGGCAACAAGAGCAGCACAGCAAUGCUCUACUGCAGAGAUUUCCCAGGAGAGCUCAAGGGAGUCCCCAGACGAAUUGGAAGGAAUUGACAGGGUCCUGUGACGACGUGAGGCAUGCAAACAGGCCAAGACCCCUCUGCAGAGGCGAGAGGAAAUCUACCCUGGGCCUCAGUCUCACAUGUAGGCCACCUUCGAAGACACCUGACGUGAGGUGCAGCGGACCCGCAGUGUCUGCCAUCCAAAGACCUGAACUGAGCCUCUUCUCACCUCGUGGAAUUCAGAAUGGUCAGGAAGUGCCUGUCCCUGGCACGCCUCACGCAGCAUUCAAGCACUUUGCCCCGGAUCCUACCCUCAUUGUCCCGCUGAGGGACAAGAAGCCCCAUUUUUCCUCCCUGGAAGAUCCCCAGGCGCCCUCUAAGACACAUGGCCUGGGCCACGCUCUCAAGCCCCAGGCACAAGCCAUGUAUCUGGAUGUCAACUCCUAUCCCAGCCCACAGGCUGCUGGACCGACUGUGGACCGGGAUGCCAAAAUCAGCCGCAAGGCACCAGGCAAGAGACCUGCCCAGGUCCCAGUGCAGGCUUUCCAGAUGCUCCCAAAGAAGCCGAGACUCACUCCCUUCCAGGCCCCUAAGAAGAGCAAUCAGAGACCACAUCUGGGGGUUUUCCAGACUCCCCUGCCUCCACCACGGACAACUGGACGGAGACCCACUGUGGGACGCCAGGUGACCAGAAAGAUGCAUGCCCAGGCGAAAAGCAUUGACCUCCCGCCUCCACACCACAGACCUCACCUGAAUACCGCUCAGCCCUGCACUGUGGCCCAUCGCCCAGCACUGAACCGUGUCCCGGGCCAGUCCCUGAGAAUGCUCUUCAGGAGAUUAGACAAUGGCUGGUGGAGCUCCAGACUCCUGACUGCUCCCUCCUGCCUUCCAGCUCAGAAGCCAAGCCCUCCCGGGCAGAGCCCUGUCACACAAGAGACGUCUGAGGGACACUGUGCCCAAGUCCCACUGAGUGUCCUGGAGAAUGACCUCCAGGUUUCCUCUUCCUCUGAAGAGAGUGACUGGGAGGGAGACACCUCCUGCCAAGGAAGACACCUCCAUCCGCCCCAGGACACCUGGAACUGA